AUGGGCUUGUCAUCGUGGGUUCUUCUUCUGUCUAUCAGCUGCAGCUGUGCACUGAAGCCGGUCGUCAUCAAUACAUGGGCAUCGGAUGGAUUCCAGCAAGCUAACAGAAAUGCUCUUGGAGCAAUCGGCGGUGGCAGAAUGUACGCGCUUGUGGAAGGUCUUUCCACCUGUGAGAAACUGCAAUGCGACACAACUGUGGGCUAUGGAGGUUCACCUGACGAAAGCGGUGAAACUACCCUCGAUGCGCUGGUCGUAGACGGGAGUGGUGUUCGCAUGGGAGCUGUCGCCAAUUUGCACCGAAUCAAAGAUGCAGCUCGUGUUGCAUGGGCAGUCAUGAACUACACUAAGCACACACUUCUUGUGGGGGAAUCAGCCACAAGAUUUGCAAUCCAAAUGGGAUUCAGCGAGGAAGACAUUUCAUCAAACGUUUCUCGAGCAAUGAUUUCGGAGUGGAGGACCAAGAACUGUCAGCCGAACUUCUGGCAGAAUGUUCUUCCCGAUCCAAGUCAGUCCUGCGGUCCAUAUCGCCCAUCACCAAAUCGUUAUCAUGGCGGUCGUCAGUAUAACAGGAGACGUGGGAGGGAUAUAGAUAGAUUCAACCAUGAUACGCUUGGUAUGGUUGUAUUAGACUCUGCUGGAAACGUAGCGGCAGGAACUUCUACAAAUGGAGCAAAAUUCAAGAUUCCCGGAAGGGUGGGAGAUUCACCCAUUCCUGGUUCUGGCGCUUACGCCGCUGAAGGUGUCGGUGGUGCUUCCGCAACAGGCGACGGUGACGUUAUGAUGAGAUUUCUUCCUAGUUUCUAUGCUGUUGAGCAGAUGCGACUAGGUACAAAGCCAUUUCGAGCAGCACACAAAGCGAUGAAGAACAUCCUCCAAUACUACCCCAAUUUCCAAGGUGCCAUUGUUGCUGUCAACGUCCGCGGACUCCACGGAGCUGCAUGUGCAAAUCUGCACAAAUUUCAGUAUUCGCUCGGAGUAGGAAGCAGCACUCGAGUCGAAACCGUUGCCUGUGUCAAGCUUCCUACGAAGCCGAGAAAGAAUUUACGGCCAUAGCAGUUUCAGUGGAAAAAAUAAAGCAUUUGGAAUC